UAAAUGGCUUGCCCACGGACACUGAGCUUAACGUUACUUUGUAGUUUGCCAAGGCUGUUGUUGCGUUUUCAGCUAUAGUAGCGGGAGAGUUGUAAAUAUCGCUGCGUGGGAACGUCUCCUCCUCUCUGCAUGUUAGCUUCGCUGCAGCUGCAGCUGUAGCGCAAGUUUGCUAUUCCACAACUUAGAUAACGUUAGUUUCAUUACUUGCUGUGUAGUUGUUCGCUCUAACGUUAUAUCAUUUAUUUACUUGUCAUGGAAUUGGAUUUGUCCAGCAUCGCUUACCCACUUUCAGGAGUAUUUUUUGUAUCAGUGUCACGUUGGUUUUGUCACUGCCUCGCCCUUUUGGAGACUAGCGGUGGGUCCUGAGUGGGAGAAGUGAACGCGAACCCCGUUCAGAUUCCUUGGGAUUAACUGGAUGCAGGUGCAAGAGGAGGGAGGUAAGUGCGUAAAAAGAAGAGUGCUGCGGAGCGGGGAGUGUCCAAUAAUUACAGAAAUGGGAUCAGGCAGGAGGAUGUGCGGGACUCAGCACCGGCUGUUGGCCUUUCUGGUCUUUUCCACUUUGACGUCUCUGGCUGAUGGAUCACCAUUGCAGGUGAUGUCUGCCCCCAACUUGUUGCGGGUAGGAAUAGCAGAAAACAUCUUUGUGGAGUGUCAAGACUGCACAGGAGCAGACAUUAGGGUUGAAAUCAUCGUGAUGAACCAUCCAACCAAAACCAAAAGGCUGGCAUCUACAUCUGUGACGCUCACCAGUGCUAAAGACUUCCAGGAUUUUGGACAAAUUAAGAUCCCUGCUGGUGACUUCAGUAAGGAUCCCAUCAUGAAGCAGUAUGUGUACCUGCAAGCUCAGUUCCCUGACCGACUGCUGGAGAAAGUCGUCUUAGUGUCCUUCCAGUCCGGGUACAUCUUCAUCCAGACUGACAAGACCAUUUACACCCCUAACAGCAAAGUUACCAGUCGGGGUGCCUUGAUCCAGUCGGUGACCUUAAGAUUAUUUAGUUACAGGAUGUUUGCUGUGACGCCCCGUAUGGAGCCUGUAGAUAAGGAUGACGCAACCCAAACUGAUGCUGAGAUUGACAUUGAGAUUGUGACUCCUGGUGGCAUCAUUUUACCACUUGAUUCAGUCUCUCUGAAAUCAGGAAUUUCCUCUGGAUAUUACUACCUUGCUGAAAUUGUCAGGUGAUUAAGCGAUUCUGGAGAAAUCCAACACCAUGAAAA